UUACCUCCAACUUCCGCGUUGAUCAGCAAUCGCGUUUCUCAAGUACUUGACUCCCAAAUUGCCGAGCAAUAACUCACGUCUUCGCGAGCUUAAAACGCCGUCGAACAUUUGCGAAUUCCGCGAUUAUUAAAACGCCUAUUUUACAUCGUUCCGCCGUCUAAUACCCGACCGCCGCCAUGUCCGAGCGUAAAGUCCUCACGAAAUACUACCCGCCCGACUUCGACCCCUCGCUCGUGGGGCGGGCGCGCAAGCCCAAGGGCUCGCAAGCCCAGGGGCCCAAGGUGCAGACGGUGCGGCUGAUGGCGCCCUUCUCGCUGCGGUGCGUCUCGUGCGGCGAGUACAUGUACCGGGGGCGCAAGUUCAACGCGCGCAAGGAGACGCCGCCGGGCGAGCGCUACCUGGGCAUCCAGCUGUACCGCUUCUACAUCCGCUGCACGCGCUGCUCGGCCGAGAUCGUCUUCCGCACGGACCCCAAGAACCAGGACUACGUGGUCGAGCGCGGCGCGAAGCGCAACACGGACCCGUGGAAGCGCGGCCUCGACGGCGGCGCCGCGGAUGAGACCGACGAGCAGCGGCUGGACCGGCUCGAGCGCGAGAUGGCCGAGGCCGAGGGCGAGGAGGAGCGCAACGCGAUGGCCGAGCUCGAGGCCAAGACGGAGGAGGCAAAGAGGGAGAUGGCCGUGGCGGACGCGCUGGACGAGAUCAGGAGUCGGAACGAGAGGCUGAAAAACGCGCAGAGAGAAGCGGGGGAUCUGUUUGGGAAUGGGGUGCUGAGUGCGGAGGAAGAGGAGAGGAGACGGCAGGAUGAGGAGGAUGCGGAGGCGGCGAGGAGGGCGUUUGCCUUUGCGAGGAGGCAGGAUUUGUUGGAGGAGGUUGUCGAGGAGGAUGGGGUAGAUGGGGAUGGUGUGUUGAGUGGGAAUGUGAACGGAGGUGCCGUCGGCUCUGGGCCCGGGUCCGGCUCAAGCUCCGCGGCGGCGGCGUCAACAUCCGGCUCGAAGCCUUCAUCGGCCGCAGCGACGCCGGAUAUCCCGCCGCCUCCGAGCUUUAAACGGGUGGUCAAGAAGAAGAAGGACCAUGCGGCACUGUUGGGCAUCAAGAAGAAACAGCCGCUCGUCUGAGCGAAUCCAGUUGGAUCGGCAUGAACCGAAGUCACGAGGCCACGAUCAGCACGGCACUUCGACUUUCGACUUGCUUAGCGACGGGAUAGCAUCACACGCACGCGCAAGUCCAUCCCUUUCGGUUGAAGUGGCCGCAUUUAAUCAAAGCGCAGGCCCGAGAACGUCUGUUGCUUGUCCUGCCGUAUCCA